AACAAUACCGUAUCAAAAUUAACAGCAGUUUUAGAACAAUUCAAAUGUACCAGCAGUAUCUAACCCAAGCAGUCCGUACACUGCAAAAUCUCAGUUCUGAUGAUCUGAAAGAACUGCUAAACGAUGACGAUAAAUUAAACGAACGAGUCGACCUAGCAGUUCAAACAUUGGAAUCGGAGAAGGAUGUCAUUUUGGGUGAGAAUCGCAGUUUGGCCGAAAGUAAUCUUGAAAAGGAGCCUAAGUUGAUUGAGGUGCGGUCCAAGGUUAAUGAUCUUUCAGAGCAGGGUAAAACCCUCGCAAACACUGUGAAGACCAAGACUGAGGAAUUGAAAUCCAAGUCUAACAACUCCAAUCCAGACACGGUCUUAGCCCUCCUGCAAGCAGCUGCAGCUGAAAGCGAAGAGGAGUCGGAAAAGAUCGUCAAACAGUUUCUGGAUAAUGAGCUGGCAAUCGAUGCAUAUUUAGAGCAGUUUAUGGGGCCACGUAAGGCCAUGCACAGUCGAAAGUUAAAGGCAGAAAAGAUGGUGGAACUACUUCGCAAUGGGAUGAAUCAACAACGACCUGGUCCUUUACCGCCCCAGCAUGGUUCACCGGGUCUGGGAAUGCAUCCUUAUCCCUCACAUACUAGUGGAUUUUAUCCACCGCCCCCUCAACCAUCGGCAGGACCCAUACCGUAUCCCCUUGGGCCGAUCUCUAUGCCUAUGCCCGGUAUCUUCCGACCGCCAUAUUGAUAAGGAUUGCAUUCUGAUCUACCUAUUAUUAAUAUUUGGUCUGUUCCACCGAACUAAAAGUUUGUUUUGCACUC